UGAGUGCGGGCGCCGCGUCGCCUCCGCGCAAGCGCAGGCCUGCGCGCGGGAAGAUGGCGGCCGGGUUCAAGACGGUGGAGCCCCUGGAGUAUUACAGGAGGUUUCUGAAAGAGAACUGCCGUCCGGACGGAAGGGAGCUGGGCGAGUUCAGAGCCACCACCGUCAACGUGGGUUCAAUUAGUACCGCGGAUGGUUCUGCUUUAGUGAAGCUGGGAAACACGGCAGUGAUUUGUGGUAUUAAAGCGGAGUUUGCUGCACCACCUCCAGAUGCCCCCAACAAGGGGUAUGUUGUUCCCAACGUGGACCUGCCCCCUCUGUGCUCGUCGCGGUUUCGGUCGGGACCCCCCGGGGAAGAGGCCCAGGUGGCCAGCCAGUUCGUGGCAGACGUCAUUGAAAAUUCGCAGAUGAUUCAGAAGGAGGACUUGUGCAUUUCUCCGGGAAAGCUCGCGUGGGUCCUCUACUGUGACCUCAUCUGCCUCGACUACGACGGGAACGUGCUGGACGCCUGUACGUUCGCGGUGGUGGCGGCUUUAAAGAACGGUGAGCCCCACGACAGAAGGCAGUGCUCCUGCUGCCGUCCUCUUUUGCUAGGCUUCCUUCACGCUUCAGUGCAGCUGCCAGAAGUCACUAUAAACGAAGAAACGGCUUUAGCAGAAGUUAACUUAAAGAAGAAAAGCCACCUGAACGUUAGAACGCACCCAGUUGCUACUUCCUUUGCGGUGUUUGACGACACGCUGCUCAUCGCGGACCCCACCGGAGAGGAGGAGCGCCUGGCGGCCGGGGCCCUGACAGUCGUUAUGGACGAGGCGGGCAGGCUCUGCUGCCUUCACAAGCCAGGAGGCAGUGGGCUGACCGGAGCCAAGCUGCAGGACUGCAUGAGCCGGGCAGUCACCAGACACAAGGAAGUGAAAAAACUGAUGGACGAAGUCUUUAAGAGUAUGAGGCCCAAAUAAACAACCGCAUUUCCAAAACAGAUUUGUAAACCCGGUAUUUGUCACACUGUGCACAAGCCUUUUAUACUCAAUAAAUAUCAAACUACAUUCUUAA